AUGAGUAGUGAGAAACAUCAUAAAAGUAUACUUUUAACUAACCCUGAUGGGUUUCAAUCUCACUUAUUUGAACCGACUACAAGCGACACUAAUGAUGUAGCCAACAUCGAACAUAUUGUACCAGCAGAUGAGCCUGAACCAAUCAGCCCAGAAGGUCGUAGAGGUGGCAGUGUUGAUGGAACUUCUGGGAAGGGAGUUCAAUUUGACUCUGAACAAUUGGAGAGAGGUAGAAGUCGUAUUAUGAAACGUGAUAUUGCUGUACGUAAUGAUAGUAGUGGAUCUCGUUCCAAUAGUAAAAGUGUUGGUAGUAUGAGUAGAUCUAGGUCAAGGUCAAGGUCAAUGUCUAGGUCAAGAAGUAGAAUUCGUGAGGAAGAAUUUUUAAAAUGGACAGUACUAAGACAGGAUCCAUCAAUGAGACUAUAUAAUGUAAAGCGUAAGAAUAUUAAGAAGAAAAAUGUUGCUGAUGAAGAUGAAGAUGAAGAAGAAGGAGAAGGACACUCUGAUGAUUCCGAGGACGAAGAUGAAGAUGAGGAAGAUGAGGAUGAAGAAGAGGAAGAAGAAUCUGAUGAAGAACAAGUGAGUGAUAUUGAGGAUGAUGCUGAAAUUGAUUCUAAAUUUGAUUAUGAUCCUGGGAUGAAAGUCUUACCAAAUUUUGUUGUAAGUAUUAAUGAUGUAUUGGAGAGUAAAAAACCAUGGAUUUCAAAAUUUGUUAGUGAUGGAGGUGAUUCAAAAAUUGAAGAAGGAAUUAAAUUUGAUAAAAUCGAUGAAGGAUAUGUACGUGGAUUAAAAUUAUUAACUAAAAGAUUAAAAGUUGAAGGACCUAUUGCAGAAACAAUUUCUAAAAAAGAUGAUAAUGAUACAACAGAAUCAACUGGGAAUUGUUAUAUAUUGUAUGUUGAUAUGUCAAGUGAAUCAAUGUAUGCAUUAACAUAUAUGAUGGGAACAAUUGUUAAUAAUGGAGAUACAUUAUAUAUUGUUCAUUGGGAAUCUAGUUCAAAAAAUGUUUCGGAAGAGACCAUAAGACAAAAUAUUGUAAAACUUGGUGAGCAUUGUUAUCAUCUAUUUGAUUGUAUUAGUGGUGUAGUUGAUACAUUAGAUGUAAUAAUAUUAUCAUUAACUCAUCCAUAUCCAAAACAUUUAUUGAAUGAAAUGAUAUCUACAUUAAAACCACAAACGUUAUGUUGUUCAUUAUCAAUGAUUUUAUCAGGUUUGCAAAAUUUUGUUUGUGGUGUACCUACUCUAGUCAUAAGGAAAAAGCUAAAGAGAACUAAGAAGAAAGGUAUAAUGGAAUAA